CCCAGCGGAGGCUCGAGGGGAACGUCUGCGGACACUUGGCCGCUUCCAGAGACUGCUAUGACAUCUCGCAGGUGGUUCCACCCCAACAUCACCGGAAUCGAGGCAGAGCAGCUCCUGUUGACCCGGGGUGUCCACGGCAGUUUCCUGGCCCGGCCAAGCAAGAGCAAUCCGGGGGAUUUUACCCUCUCCGUCAGGCGCAACGAUGAGGUGACCCACAUUAAGAUCCAGAACUCUGGUGACUACUACGACCUGUACGGAGGCGAGAAGUUUGCCUCGCUGGCCGAGCUGGUGCAGUUUUACACCGAACAACAGGAUCUCCUGCGUGAGAGGAACGGCCAUGUCAUCGAGCUCAAGUACCCACUUAACUGCAAGGACCCCACCUCUGAGAGGUGGUACCAUGGGCACCUGUCUGGACGAGAUGCAGAGAAACUGCUCACAGACAAAGGCAAAGCCGGUAGCUUCCUGGUACGGGAGAGCCAGAGUAAACCGGGCGACUUUGUUCUCUCAGUUCUCACCAAUGAGGAGAAACACGAGAACGUGGACCGCAAGACCAAGGUCACCCACGUUAUGAUACGCUACCAGCAGGACGGUAAAUACGACGUGGGCGGUGGUGAGAGGUUCGACACCCUGGCUGACCUGGUGGAUCACUACAAGAAGAACCCCAUGGUGGAGAAAAGUGGAAUCGUAGUGCACCUCAAACAGCCCUUUAACGCCACGAGGAUAAAUGCAGCCAACAUUGAGAAUCGGGUACGAGAGCUCAACAAAGUAGCAGACAACUCCGAAAAACCCAAACAAGGAUUCUGGGAAGAAUUUGAGGUACUUCAGCAGCAGGAGUGCAAACUGCUGUAUCCCCGGAAAGAAGGCCAGAAGCCAGAAAACAAGAGUAAAAACAGAUACAAGAAUAUCCUCCCCUUCGACACAACUCGGGUUGAACUCAGGGAGACAGAUCCAGAUGUUCCUGGUUCAGACUACAUCAAUGCCAACUACAUCAGAAGUAUGCAUGAAGAGGGGCACCACGUGGAUGAGGGCAAAGUUUUCAUCGCCACCCAAGGGUGCCUACAGAAUACGGUCGUUGACUUCUGGAAGAUGGUGUAUCAGGAGAAUACACACGUCAUCGUCAUGACCACAAAGGAGAUCGAGCGAGGACGGAACAAAUGUGUCCGUUACUGGCCCGACCUCCACGGCACUAAGGAGUUUGGGAAGGUGCUGGUGAGGAACGUGGACGAGCGGCCAGCACAAGACUACAUCCUGAGGAAGCUGGAGGUGACCCGUCUGGACCGGAAGGAGACUCUGAGGUACAUCUGGCACUACCAGUACCUGAGUUGGCCGGACCAUGGGGUGCCCAAUGAGCCCGGAGGCGUCCUCUGGUUCCUAGAGGAGGUCAACCGCACCCAGAGUUCCAUUCCAGACACUGGACCCAUUGUCGUCCACUGCAGUGCAGGCAUCGGCAGGACAGGCACCAUUAUCGUCAUUGACAUCCUCAUUGAUGUUAUUAACCGCCAAGGUCUAGAUUGUUACAUCGACAUCCCUAAGACCAUCCAGAGGGUAAGGCAGCAGAGGUCAGGCAUGGUGCAGACAGAGGCCCAGUAUAAGUUCAUCUACAUGGCUGUGCAGCAGUACAUAGACACAGCUCAGAAGAGACUGGAGGAGGAGCAGAGGAAUAAGAUGAAGGAGAGGGAAUAUUCCAAUAUCAAAUAUCCCCAGAUGACCAACUCGAGGUCCAAGCCCAACAUGGCAUCAUCACGCUCUUCUUCUGUGAUGACAAAUGACGAUGCGUCGAGUGUGUACGAGAACAUUAACUUUAAAAGCCCUCAGACGUCUUUUAGCAGCAACACCAGGAGAUAAAUCGCUGUUGACCUCUACGUCGCUCUGUCUGCCUCUCUUUCCAGCGGAGAUGUCGCUUCAUCAGCGCCUGAAAAUCCCAUGAGGGAGUGUGUUGCUCUGACUACACCCCACGUCAGUGGACCCUGCCUGGGCUGAAGGUGGUGAGCUGACCCCUCCCUCCUGCUGCCGUCCUGCUGGACCUCUCUGUCUGGAGUCAAAGCUUACCCUCCGUAGAGAGGAUGACUCUACAGCAUUGUGCUCUCGCUCAGGGCCCUUGUCCCCCCCCCCCUUACUCCCCCAACCUUUCAAGCCUCUCCCUCUCUUAACCAGCGCAAGUGCCUUGUGACAAGAUGUGUCUGUAAUCUAGCCUCCCCUAACCUGCUGUUACAACCUAUACUGUUACUUCUUUCCAAAUCCUGGAAACCCAGUUUAACCUGAGAAACAUCCAAGAGGGAUCUGAAACAUGGAGUCUGUCCCGGCCUCAACUGAACAGAACUGUAGGGACCGAAGAAGAGGUCAAAGCCAAGCAUUUUUUUUGGUAAUGCUUGUUGCCAGAAGUCACUCUGUUAGCUUUCACUUUUUCUGUCUUUGCUGGCUUUCAUUUGAACUCCAAACCCUAAGUCUGUUUUUGCGGCAUUCUAUCUCUCCAGCUGUGGUGGUUAUUAAUGUGGCCGAUGAGUGAUAGCAUGGGCGGUUAUGUAAUCUGUGCCACCCUGAGGCACAGGGAAGGCAAGCAAGCCCUCUUCAAAAGAAAAAUGACAUAAUAAUUUCAGAUGAACAAUUGGUCUCUUAAAUAUAUAUAUUUUUGAAGGUGUCUGAUUGUCAAAGUGUUUUGUUGUUAAAGGGUUAUGUAAUCGCCUGCAAAUUAGCUUUUCUUUACUUUAUCAGAACUUGAAGCCAUUUUUUGGUUACUUCUUCUGGUUUCUGGGACAUACUCAUAAAUCCUGUCUGUCAUCUGAACAUGGUCUCCAGCUGGUCCCACUUUGAGUACAAACUCUUUAAUGAAAUAGUAAUUUUUUUGUGUGUCCUUUUAAUCAGAUAGAUUUUUAUUAUUUCUUGUGGCUUUAAUUGAUAGUCUGGGUAUAAUGGUUGUGUCACAUAUUGUAUAUUGAUUUAUAUUUAUAUAUAUAUAAACUAAAGUGGAAUAGAUCAUGAUAAAGCACAAUUCUAGUUGAAAUCAACGAUAGAUUGUUACAUUUGACAGGGUCAGCAGGUGGAGAGGAUUCCUGAAUGUGUGUUUGGAGUUGAUCGUGUCUUAACGCCGUCUCUCAGCGUCGUUGGACUGGCUGUCCUCGUUAAUCAGCAGGUCUGAUGCAGUUCAACAUCUGUCGGCGGAGAUCGUCACAAGGAGACAAGGGAAAGGGGGCGAUUACAGUGGGCCAGAUGGCCAUCUGCCCGAGAUUGUAGAAUAGAUUUGACUCCAGAAAGUAAUUUAGAAGAUGGCCAUAAUCCAGGCUUGAUGAUAGUGGGGCGAGUAAGCCGACGUCAUUGAUGUGAUAACGAAGACGGUGGUGCCGUGGCGCGCUGAGCCCUCUGCGCUGUCUGGCAGAUUGUUUGCUAUUUUUAGCCUCCAGGAUCAGCACCAAAAUAUCCUACUCAAAUACAGGUGCACAUCCUGAAGUCCCUUAAAUUUACAAUGUCUCUCACUAGAUGUCAUAAUAAUUUACCUUUAGUCUCCCUUUUUUAAAAUGAAAGCAUCAAGAUAAACCAUGAAUGGGUGGCACCUGUUAGUGGUGUUUGUGCUCAGACCAUUCCUCUUUCUCCUCUAUUCUACUAACCAGGUGAAGGACACGCACAGAGUGGACUCGCCUUGUUUUCUUCAGUCAUAAACUGUCCAGUUUCUGCUGCUGCAGCUCAGGAUUUUUUAAAGAUAAGUGAUUUAAAAUACAGCUAAGUUUAAUCAAAAUGUACUGGAGUUAUAUUACUUAGUCAUUAGACUCUAAUAAACAGUAAGUUGAUACUGUUGACCUUGUGGGGGAUAUUCAUAUAAAGCAAUAGUGUAACCUGCAGCAGCCAUAUCAUCCUGAGUGAUUAGCGAGUUCUGUCUUUUAAAGAAUUACAAAAGCACAUUUUCAUUAAAGUCACAGUUGAAGUUUUGUCUAUGUACAGAUGUCAGUCACUUGUCCGUCAGCAUGGAGAGUUUUCCCGGUAUAAAUUGUUGCCAAUGUGUUUUAACGGUUGAUUCCUUUUGUGAAUAAAAGCUGUAUUUUGAUGAAUUGAUGCCCUGUGUCAGUGAAGGCCUGUGUCUGCCUAGAAUUAUAUGCUGCACCACUUGAUGUACUUCAGUUGAAUUUGGACAAUGAAGAUGUGUGGAUCCUUCAGGUUUUUGGUUUUGUCCUCUUCCUAUCUGAACUGUGAUCUUUGUCCGGGGAAUGAAGGAUGACUUUUGUAGUUUUGUUUCUGUGUUUCUGAACCAUCUUGGGCUGUAGAUAAUUUAGAUUUUUAUUGUAUUUCACUUUUUUUAUGAUAUGGUGAAACAUCAAUACUUGAAAGUGUGAAACUGCUGAAUCUUUGGCCUCAGGCUACGUGUGGAUGUCCAUUGGCUGUGGAAGUAUUUUUGGUAGUGCAUUAGACUUUUCAGUGUUUUUUUUUCUUGUUGUUUCAUUUCAAAUUGUUUUUUUUCUAAUUGAUUGUUUUAUCCACUAUUGCAUUUUGUAUUGUGUCUGAAUUAUUAUUAGUACUAUUAUUAUUAUUAUUAUUAUUAUUUUUAUUGGUGUAAUUUCACCAUUGAUAAGUAAAUUUUGGCUCCGAGCUGAACCAGCAUACAUGGAGGUAUGCAGUAGUAACACGGUAUUUUCUUUGUGCUUGUCCUCUUACAUUUACUUGAACAUAAUGUCAUGUCAUUUUGUUUUGAUUCCUUGUUUCUCUGUUGGUUUCAGUAUGCCUGAAGUGAGUAGUGAUCUACUGAGUGCUCCCAUGUUGUCCAGGAGACUCUCCCCCUUUUUCCUCUUCUUGCACUGGCUCUGCCCAGACGCCUUUUCUUUUUUUGCUGUAUAGGCUACAACUGCUGAUGCAAUGAGCUGCCAGAAAUGGCAUCAAAAUGGUUUAUUAUCAUAUAGUUUAAUAAAAAUCUAUGA